AUGGAAGCAAUGUUGGACGAAAGCAAGUUCGACGUGCAAUUGAAACUGUGGGCGCUUCGAAUCCCUCGCGAACUUUGCAAGAUCGCCACUCGAAUACUCAACGGAUACUUGCUUGACAGGCCUCGCAUCAAGCCUAUCACCGAAGACCCGACAAGUGAAAGAAAUCGUUACAUGAUUUUUUCUGAAAAGGUUCAAAAUUCUGAUUUGUCUGAUAUUCCAGGCAAAAAACUAGAUGAAUUAAAAGGUCUGUGCGAGCUUGAAGUAGUUCCAUAUUUGCUGACACUGGGAUAUUCCUAUUGGAGUGCAGACCAUGUGUUGAAGCAAAUUCUGCCACCUGGGCUUGAAGUUCCUUCAUCUUUUGAGACAAUAAUUAUAAUUUUAGUCAUUGACAAACGAAUUGAUGUUACCAAUUUUUAUACAGGUCACAUUGCCCAUCUGAAUAUAGCUGAUAAUCUACUUCCAUACAAGGAGGUCAUCGCCAAGGUUAUUUAUGAUAAAAAUCAGCCUAGAAUCAGAACAGUUGUGAAUAAAGUUGGAACUAUUACUAAUAAGUUUCGCGUGCCAAAAUUUGAAGUACUGGCGGGCGAAAAUGAUAUGGUCACAGAAGUGAAGCAAUACAGGGCAACAUUCAAGCUAGAUUAUAGCUUGGUCUAUUGGAAUUCAAGGUUGGAACAUGAGCAUUUAAGGUUGGUUUCUCAGUUCCGGGCAGGAGAGACCAUCUGUGACAUGUUUGCCGGUAUUGGUCCAUUCGCAAUUCCAGCAGCACAGAAAGGAUGCCUAGUUUAUGCAAAUGAUUUGAAUCCGGAUAGCAUUCAUUAUCUAAAGAUCAAUGCAGAAAUCAAUAAGGUUAAUGAUCAUGUUUGUACGUACAAUUUGGAUGCAAGGGAAUUCAUCUCUCAGUUAUUGGCAGUGCCUUCUUGGAAAAGUCAUCCAGAGUAUGAUGUUCGUUCUCUCAGAUCAUCAGCGAAUGGUGGCAUACAGGCUAAUGGGCUGACAAAUUUUGAGAACCGUAGCCUGACAGAAGAGGUGAAAGAAGUUGCAUGUAACACUUCAAGCAGUCUAGAGGGUGUGGAAGUCUCUUGUGUGAAUGCAUAUGCAAAUGUACCUGCUGUUAAAAGAUGUUCUGAAAGCUCCCAUGAAGAAAUUGGGACCGGUGACAGUGCUGGUGUUUGGGUAACUGUUACGACAAAAGGAAGCACAAAUAAGCGGAUGAAAGGGUCUGUGGUUUUCAACACUAAGCCCUGGGAGCAUGUUGACCAUGUGAUAAUGAACCUGCCAGCUUCUGCUCUACAAUUUCUUGAUGCUUUUAGCGGUCUUAUACAGAGGAGAUGCUGGAAGGGGCCUCUUCCUUGGAUUCACUGUUAUUGCUUCAUGCGGGCAAGUGAGACAAAAGAAUUGAUAAUCAGUGAGGCAGAAUCUGCCUUGAAUGCUAGCAUAUGUGACCCAAUAUUUUAUAAAGUUAGAGAUGUUGCUCCAAACAAGGCGAUGUUUUGUUUAAGCUUUAGGUUGCCAGAGGAAGCAUGCUUCAACGAUGAUGUCACUAAGACUAUCAUUCAUUCUGCUGAUGGAGAGUCAUAAGCACAGAAGAAUCCAAGGUUAUAAUUGAUUUAUGGUGGUCUAACCCUUAGGUGGUGUUCCAUUUCCCCCUGACUUGAAACUAAACAGAGAAGAAAGACAAACUUAGAUUACUGGAAAAAGGCUGUGGGCCGGAAUGAGUACUAGCCAAACUAGAAGAAUGGCUCCAGAAGAGUUUUUGAAUCACAUUGUACCCUAAAAACUUACAAACGCAAGUAAGAACCGGGCAUUUGCUUAGGAUGUGCAGAUAAGUCAGGAACCUGAAGAACAUGAAGCAGGCGUGAACUGGCGAAUAGAUGUCUGUCCACAUUUUACCAUAUACAACACUGCGGUGGAGACUCUUGUGUGUAGGUAUAAGUGAGCUAUGUCAACUGCCUUAAGAAGAUGCUGUGAGGGAGACCUUAGGCAUAUGUCUACCCAUAGCCCCCUGCGGUCAUGAUGCAGCAUUAAAAUGGAACAGGUUCAGGCUCUACAAUUUUAUUUACCCUGCAAAAUGGCAUCCAGAGUAAUGAUCUAAUUUGCAUACUUUUACAGUAAAUAUUAUAUGUGCGUCAUUUAUGAUUGAUCUUAAAAAAUUGGGAUCGAUCUCAACUUUUUCAUACCCAUUCCAAAAUUGAGUUGUAGUUUUGAUCUGUUUGAGUAGUAAUGUGACCUGUUUUGGCAAUGCUUUUUUCAAUUUUUUUUGGGUAGGCAAUGAUCUCGGGUUCCAAGAUUCCCG